CCAGCUGGGGGUGGAGAGGCGGCAGGGAGUCCCUUGGGGUUUGUCAACCCAGCAAUGGGUCCGGGCGCGACAGUCGCGCGGCGGAGGUCGUUGCUUCUGCCGCGGCUGCUGCUGGUGCCGCUGCUGUGGUCGGGGCUGGCUCUGGGCGCUCUCGCCGUGGUCAGCAGACCCUACAGGGUCCUUCACGACCUCCUGUCGGAGCAGCAGUUGCUGGAGGUGGAGGACUUGUCCCUGGCGCUGCUGCAAGGCGGAAGGCUGGGGCCGCUGUCACUACCGCCGGACCUGCCGGAUCUGGAUCCCGAGUGUCGGGAGCUGUUACUGGACUUCGCCAACAGCAGCGCAGAGCUGACCGGGUGCCUAGUGCGCAGCGCCCGGCCGGUGCGCCUCUGUCAGACCUGCUACCCCCUCUUCCAACAGGUCGCCAACAGGAUGGACAACAUCAGUCGAGCCGUGGGGAAUACCUCAGAGAGUCAUAGUUGUGCCAAAAGUCUCUUAAUGGCAGAUAGAAUGCAGAUAGUUGUGAUUCUGUCUGAGUUUUUUAAUUCCACCUGGCAGAAGGCAAAUUGUGCAAAUUGUUUAACGAACAAAAGUGAAGAAUUAUCAAAUAGCACACAAUACUUCCUCAGUCUAUUUAAUCAAACCUUGACCUGCUUUGAGCAUAACCUCCAGGGGAGCAUUCACAGUCUUCAGCAGUUAAGGAAUUAUUCAGAAGUUUGCAAAAACUGUCGUGAAGCAUACAAAACUCUGAGUAGUUUGUACAACGAAAUGCAGAAAAUGAAUGAACUUGAGAAUAAGGCUGAAUCUGGAACACAUUUAUGCAUUGAUGUGGAAGAUGCAAUGAAUAUUACCCGAAAACUUUGGAGUCGAACUUUCAAUUGUUCAGUCCCUUGCAGUGACACAGUGCCUGUCAUCGCUGUUUCUGUGUUUAUUCUCUUUCUACCUGUUGUCUUUUACCUCAGUAGCUUUCUUCAUUCGGAGCAAAAGAAACGCAAACUCAUUCUACCCAAACGUCUCAAGUCCAGUACCAGCUUUGCAAACAUUCAAGAAAAUUCAAACUGAAAUCUACAAAACGGAGAAUUAACAUCACGUUCCAUAGAUGAAUGGUGGAAGAUACAGCUUGGUCCGAAAGAAGAUAAACUGAUUUUGACAAGUCAAGUUCCUAAGAAAUGCAAGAACUUCAGAUUUAUUUUUAAAUAAGAAUUUUCCAUUUUUCUUUCCUUUUCCAUCCCCUUUUUAAGGGUUUGGGUAUUUUUAAUAUCCAGGCCUAGCAAUGUCAUCUAUUUUAAAGUGUAUUUGUUAUAAUAACAUAAGGUGCAAGAACAAUCUUCAUUUUAUUUUGUAGGCAUAUUAUUACUCUUUGAGACUUCUAGUAUCUCCUUAUAAAUGUAGUACUUAAGUAGCAGAGUUUUUGAAAACUAACAUUUAAAAAUUAAUCAGUUAUAGCAAAGACUUUGGAAAAAGAAAUAUACUUGCCAAAAGUAGCCGGUCCAAAGAUUAAAUUCACCAUUGCAGUAUUAUUGUUACAUAUAUAUUUAAUAUCAUAUAUAUUAUAAAUAAUAUGUGACUCAAUCUCUAGUUUCCUUAAAGUUACUUUUGAAACCACUAAUUAUAAACCUCCCUAGCAAUUUUUAGAAGCAGGAAGGCACAUUACAUUUAUCUUUGUAAAAAGAUAUAUGGUAACUGGUUUCUUACUUAACUUUUAUAAAUAGUAUUUUGCGCCUUA